CCGAGCACAGAGCACUGGGGGGCUGUGGCGGUGAUUUGGCUCCAGACUUCGGCAGGACGCGCCUCACAGACCACCUGAAGGGUAUCAACACUCGCUAUCUGGCCCGCGGCAAAAGAGAAGACAGAAUGGAGUUUUUUUGUGAAAACUUAUGAAGAGGCUUUGAUUUAAUUUUUCUUCAAUCUGAGGCACACCGUGCAACUGGCCUUUGCUGAGGGCGCAUACCUACCUGUGCAAACUCGCCCAGGCCCGUUAGGUAGCAGUCGAGCCCGAGGAGACACACCUUACUUAUCUUUUGUGGCCCCCCCCCUGCUCCACCUUCUCUCUCACUGAAAGCGCAGGAAUAUCCGACCUGAACACUGAAAUGUCAGCAAAUGAGAGAGCAACGCGUGCACUGAAGGAGAUCCUGCAAAUCCCUGGAAAUGACACUUGCGCAGACUGCGGUGCAUCGGUUCCCGGGUGGGGCUCCUGCUCCCUGGGGGUGUUCAUCUGUCUGGACUGCUCUGGGAUCCACCGCAAUUUACCCAGCAUCAGCAAGGUCAAGUCCCUGACCCUUUCCCACUGGGAGGACCACGAGGUUCAGUUCAUGGUGGAGAAUGGUAAUGAGCUGAUGAAGAGUAAAUAUGAGGCUGCUGUCCCAGCCUACUACUACAAACCAACCCGCAAAGACUGCCAGGUGUUAAGGGAGCAGUGGAUUAGAGCAAAGUAUGAGAGGAAGGAGUUCUCUGAGCCAGGGAAAAAUGUUACAUAUGAAGGAGGAACUAAAGAUGGCAUGUUGAUGAAGAGGGGGCGGGACAACGGGCAGUUCCUCAGCAGGCGAUUCGUCCUUUCAGAGAGGGAGGGAACUCUAAAGUAUUUCACCAAAUAUGACGCCAAAGAGCCCAAAGCAGUAAUCAAGGUGGACGCCAUCAACGCAACCUUCCAGCCUGAGAAGAUGGGAAACCCCAACGGCCUGCAGAUCACCUACCUCAAAGACUACAACACUCGGAACAUCUUUGUCUACCAUGACAGCGGCAAGGAGAUCGUAGACUGGUUUAAUUCAAUUCGUGCAGUUCAGCUUCACUAUCUAAAGGUGGCCUUUCCUGGGGCAACAGAUGCUGAGCUGGUACCCAAACUUACCCGGAACUUUCUGAAGGAAGGAUACAUGGAAAAGACAGGUCCCAGGCACACGGAAGGCUUCAAGAAACGCUGGUUCACUCUGGACCACAGACGACUCAUGUACUUCAAAGAUCCCCUGGACGCCUUUGCCAAAGGUGAAGUGUUCUUGGGGAACAAAGACCACGGUUACAGCGCCUCCCCCGGCUUGCCUGCCGGUACCCACUGCAACGGUGCCUGGCAAAACGGCAUCACCAUAGUAACACCCGACCGUGGGUUCCUGUUUACUUGCGAGACAGAGAGCGACCAGCAGGAUUGGCUGAAACACUUCAAUGAUAUCAUGAGUGCUCAGAUGUCCCCUCAGGAGUACACAAUGGAAGCCUUGUUCAGGCACAGGCAUUGAUGGACCUGAGGCCUGUGGGACCAUCUCCUAUCCUCUCAUCCCAUCACCAAUCUGACACCGGACCUACAUCGGCUUUGUCACUAACUCCACCAGUAUUUUUGGGAAAUGGUAGCAAAAUCUUGGUAUAUGGUCCCAAGUCCUAAAGAUGCUUUUUGGCAAUGGAAUUAAAAUGCAAAUAAGAGGCAAAUGUAAAUUAAGAAUAAAAACAUUAACAAAAUUAACUUUAAAAAAAUUAGAACAAUUUAAAGUCAAAUGUAAGUAAAUAUGUAAAUGUACAAUGGUAAUCAAACAUUUUACUUGAUUUAGUUUCUGUGACAUAUGUGGCAUUCAUUGCUGUGGUGUCUUGCACUGCAAAGACAUGACUUGUCAAUCAAGCAGUCUGGGCAGUACUAUAAGAUAUUUCUUUUUUAUUUUACGCAGAACAUAUUUGAAAUUCUACAUAGUACUCUUUUCGUGGCCUGUUCAGACAUGUUCCCUGUUGUCCAUUCGAUCUUACUAUGGGAAUGUAAAAAAACAUCACUGCUUGUGGAUUGAUUGUUUUUUUCAUAAUGGUGAAAUAAUGAGGGUGGAAUUUCAAGCUUUAUUCAAUGUGACAUUUAAGACAUUUCUAAGGUAAGAAAUACCUUGGUUGUCUAGUAUUAUGGAUUUUAUGUCCAAGUCUGAUGUCUGACUAUUUGGUAAUAAUAAGGUAUAGGGAGUCAAAUGGGUCAAACAGGUACAGACCAUUAACAGCACAGAAAACACCUGUAUCUGUGUUGGAUUCAGAAUUCCUUUUGAUUUUUCCAUUUUUUUCUUUAUUAAAGCAACUUUUAUGUAAACGCAACAACUCUCAUGACUUAGAGCAAGAAUAUACAUGUUCAAAGUAAUAUACAUCGUGUACCUUUCACAAUGCUGUUUCGGUCCAAAAGAUCAAAGAGAUCAUUUUUCCAAGCAAAGCAAUAUCAUUAGACACACUACCUAUAUAGUUUAUAUCGUGAAUUCAUGGUGACAUUUAUGAUUUUGUAUUAGUGUAUGACCGAUAUGGGUUUUUCAAUUAUCAAUGCAAUGAUAUUUGCAAUGAUAUUUAGAGAACAGGGCGGCUGGUAUAUAAUAUGGAUCAAAACAAAAAGGUCAUGUAAUGUAUAAUUCUAUUAUUCCUUGCAGAGUAUAAUCUAAUAUAAUUGCUAUUUUAUCCAGUAACAUGUUAUUUUAGAUGGAUUUGGCAUUAGAUAAUAGAAAAAUGUAAUGGUUUAUGCUGUAGAUUUCAGAACAUGACUGAUGUUUAAGAGAAAGUGGGGUACAGUUUGUCGGAAGUGAAAUCAUUCAACUACAUUAUAAGAACACUUAUUAUAUAUAAAUAUAUAGCUGUCAUUUAGGAUGGGAGAAACACUGAGGAAACUUUUUCACAGCCUUCCCAAAACUCACAAGGGGGAGCGCUAACAUCAUUCCACAGCAGCCACACUGACAAGGCCGCCUGCAGAUGUGUCAGCAGACAUUUUAUCUGCUGAUACACCUGCCUUGUUAGUGCUGGUAUCUGCUGAUGCUGAUUAUCUCACAAUGCCAGAUUAAUCGGCCAACCCAUUAUUUUAGAUCACAUAUAGUCCGUUGCUGUUUUGUACUUUCUUUUAAAUAUAGACAAAUGUUGAUUCUGUAAGUAGUUUUUGAGACAUGUGAGUACUUCUAUUAAAGACAUACUUGAAAGACAAAGAUUUGCAAAUGCAUUGGGAUAGAAAAGCUGGAAACACUGCAAACCAUUACAUAGUCUAACAGUGCCUUCAUGUGGAAUACAGUAUAUAUACUUAGUAUUUGUUUAAACAAACCAAUAAUUUUAAUAAGUUAUUUUUUUCCUACUUGUUUAUAGAUAUCAAACUGCCAAUUGAAUACUGAUAGUGGUAUUUUGUUUUCAGCGUCUGUGUUUUUGUUUAAGGUACACAUUACAAAUUGAUUUGGUGUCUUUUUUUAAUAAAGAUAUUUCUAUGCUUGACCAUAGCUGACUGACAUAUCACAUAUAUUCACUAAUAAAAAUAUUUCCUCUG